AUGUAAUAGAGAGCAAAACAAGUGGCACAGUUACCUGGAAACAGAAAAGUUCAGUAUUGCAGAGCAUCGAACAAGAAUUCCAAGUCCUAACAGGGUGCCACUGAGAGGCAAAAACUCUACAAGAUAAAUAUUUCAAUUUAAAGAAAAAAACAAAAAGCAAAUUUGCUACAAACAAAAGCAAUUUAAUCAAGACAGGGGGAGGUUCAUUCCAAUUGCAAGCAUUCGAUCUGAUUGAUAUACAAUUACAAGAAAUAAUGGGACCACAAUUAGAAGAGGUGGUUACUGAACAUGUUCCUGAUGCAAAUAACUGUGAUGACAGUGAAGUGGUCUUCAAUAAUGGGAAAUGGAGCUCCUAUACUCCCCAACAACUGAAGAGGCCCAAAACUACAAAGCUAUCAUGUACGAAAACGGUACAAAAUAAAAGAUAUAUUUCUGUUAACUAUCUACUAAUGGAAGAAAAGCUGAAUUUUUUGAAACUACAAAAAGAAAAAUUCAUCGAAGAACACAAUAAAAAAAUGGAAAUAUAUAAAAAAAGGUUCAGCUGUUAGAUUUACAGAUCAAUGCAUUGGAUAAGUAGAAAACAAAGGAUUUAUUUUGUUAAUUGCUGGAACAUUUUCACUUUCAC